AAAGUCCAAAAAAAGGGCGGCUUGAGUGGUUGAAUUUAUUAAGCAUCCAUUCAUCUUUCCCAACUAUUCUAUCUCCAGUGUCCGUCUAAGUUAUCACGCGUAUCUUUCAAAAUCAUGAAGCUCGGUGCGUUGGCCUUCCUAUCCCGAGUCUGCAUAGCCCCUAACGUUCGGGAGGCGUGCGGAUCAGAAAUUCUGCCUUAUUGUAAUUCUUCCCUUCGCCUAUCUUUGUUUGCAUCUUUUCCAUGUUCUCUUACAUCUCGUUUUUCGGGACAUUUUGGCUUUUGCGGAAGAGACGAGGCCGAGGCUUGGAGGGAGGGAGGUGGUUUUGAUAAUGUAGCGCGGCGUGUAGCGCAGAGAAGAGGAGACCAGAUUGCAUGAAUGGAUUGAUGGAUAAAGUGGUUGAAGCCAAAAUCCAGUCUGGUGUUAGGCGCUGUGCUUCGAGAUUUCGAGAUGCG